AUGUCUCAAAUAUUUGCAAAACAGAAGGAAGAUCUUAAGUGGCAACAACUAUUCUUCUCACCAAAUGUCCUCAACACAAAUCCAUCUCAGACAUUGGAAGUGGCAUUAACUUUAAGAGACCCGGCUUGCAAACCAUACUAA